GCCGUGAGACAGACGCUUCACUACUGAAGACGUUGGAUACGCCGGGCACACAGUGAGAAUCUUAGCGGCGCACAGAAGCAGUCAGAUUUCGCUCUGGAUAUUGUAGGACACCAAACCGCUCGGAUGUGCAAUAUGACUUUUGAAGAAACCAGUGGAGAUAAUUCUUCAGAAAGGAUGGAAUCGGUGGCUAAAGCAUUGGAAGAGGUCCUGAGCUCUGCAUUACCUCAGGGUUGCAUCACUGUUGGAGUCUAUGAGGCAGCCAAGUCACUAAAUGCGGAUCCAGACAAUGUGGUGUUGUGUCUACUAGCCACAGACGAGGAGGAGGAUGUGGCUCUGCAGAUUCACUUCACUUUAAUUCAGGCAUUCUGCUGUGAAAAUGACAUCAACAUCCUUCGGGUGAGCAACAUGAGGCGUCUGGCAGAAAUACUGGGAGGAGUGAAACCUGGAGGAGAGCCCAUGGACCUGCACUGUAUUCUAGUUACUAAUCCUCAGUCGUCACUGUGGAAGGACCCCGCACUGAGCAAGGUGAACAGAUUCUGCAGAGACAGCCGUUGUUUGGAUCAGUGGGUGCCUGUUAUCAACCUGCCCGACCGAUGAAACUUCAUGGAAUAUUAAUGUAUUGUGUGCAUUUGGAAAAAAGUAACUGCACAAGGCCUGUGUUAGUGUCUGUGUUGGACUCCUUUGGAAAGUGCCCCAGAGAGAGGAAGAGAGAGAAAGAGACUGGAGGACAGAAAAAAAGAGAGCACAAGGAAGGCAGACGUUCCAACAAAUUUACCAGGUCAGGGUGAACUUGCAGGCCAAGGAAGCAUGACUCAGCAGUCCGGGUUCCAGGAUUUCCAGCGUAUGACUGCGCCUUUCUCUGCCGAGAAAGACGCCCUUACAGGAAACUGAAUCAUGUCAGUGGACAAGCACACGUGGUGGUGAGCACAAGAGCAGCAUUGGAGGAAAAGCAGACAGAGUGCUUCAGUUGACAAAACUCCAAGAACUGGACCAGUCAGAGCACGAAUAACUCCUCGUGAAAGUUCCACCAAAUCCCAGCAUUUCUUUAACGGAGCAUUUAUUUAAUUGUAUUUAAGACUAGUCACUUUGAUAACUAUAAAGGGAAAGUUUUCACAGUUCAUUAUUAUUAUUAUUUUUAUUAUUUUGAGGGCAAUGCAAUGUUUAGACUUGUCCACUAACUGAUGUUUUUAUUUGUUAUUAAUUUAAUGAAUUAUAUUUAUUGUGCACAGUUCAUGGAGUUCUGCCUUGUUACGUUGAGCGAAAUAAACAAAGAACCAACAGUUCA